AAGCCUAAAAGUAAAAUCAGUAGUAAUAAUAAAGGAGUAAAAGAGGAUGACUGUAGAGACUAAAAAGUAGAGUAAUAAGGGAGGCGUCUGCAGAAUGCAGGUGGUCAGACACAGAGCUUCCCUUACUCUCUCCUGCAUAAAAAUACAGCUAUCCCAAUUUACAGAAAACGACCCCUCUAGUAUUAGGCCUUAGGAGUACUCUUCCUUUCUUCUCUCUCAUUAUACCCAAAUGCAAGAUAGAGAAAUUUCAGCUACUAUUUCAAUUCUACCUCUUUAGAUUAGCCCUUACUGUAAUACCAAAAUUAAUACAACAGUCAGAAAAUUACAAAAAAAAAAAAAUAAUUUUUUUACUUCGGAGGGUCCUUGAUUUACCCAGAAGUUUGCAGAGCUGAAACGAAACAAGUCAUUUUCUUCUUUACUUUUUUCAUUAUUAUCACACUCUCUUUCCAUCACUAGAAUUCAAUUCGAAAGGAGGAAAUGCAAUGCACAUUGUGUAAGAGUUGAGUGAGUUUUCUUUUUAUUUUUCUUGAGAGAGAAACUAAAAUUGAUUAAAAGGGCAAGUUAAUCGUGAAUUCGCAGAAUAUUUUUUGUGGGUCUUGAUUUUCUUCCUUUAUAGAAGAAAACCCAGAAAAGAAAUGUUAUGUUUUUGAAUAAAAGAGGUUGAAUUUGAAGAAUAAUUGUGGUUUUUAUUUCUGGGUUUUUUUUGUUUUAUGGUAUUUAAGUGGAAAAUGGAGGUGGGUUUUUUGUUUGGGGUCCAACAAUGGCGGCAUUUUCUUCCAGCUUUAGUCUUUCUCACUUCAUUGUUACUUUCAAGCUUGGGUUCUGUAGAUUCUGAUGAUGGAGCAACACUGUUGGAGAUUAAGAAGUCAAUUAGAGAUGUUGAUAAUGUGUUAUAUGACUGGUCUGAUUCACCAUCAUCAGACUAUUGUGUGUGGAGAGGAAUCACCUGUGAUAAUGUCACCUUCAACAUUGUUGCCUUGAAUCUUUCAGGGCUAAAUCUUGAUGGAGAAAUUUCACCUGCCAUUGGAGAUCUUAAAAGCUUGAUAUCAGUUGAUCUUAGUCGAAACCAGUUCUCCCGUCAAAUACCCGAUGAGAUUGGCGAUUGUUCUCUGCUGAAAAGCUUGGACUUAUCGUUUAAUGAACUAUAUGGAGAUAUACCAUACUCGAUUUCCAAGCUGAAACAAUUAGAAGCGCUGAUUUUGAAAAAUAAUCAAUUGGCAGGCCCGAUUCCAUCAACCCUCUCUCAGAUACCGAAUUUGAAGAUACUAGAUUUGGCCCAGAAUCGUCUGUCGGGGGAUAUCCCCAGGCUUAUAUACUGGAAUGAGGUCUUGCAAUAUCUUGGGCUUCGGGGCAACAAUUUGGUCGGGUCACUCUCACCUGAUAUGUGCCAGCUGACUGGGUUGUGGUACUUUGAUGUGAGAAACAACAGUCUGACUGGAACUAUACCUGAGAGUAUUGGCAACUGUACUGCCUUCCAAGUAUUGGAUCUAUCAUACAAUGAGCUUACCGGAGAUAUUCCAUUCAACAUAGGAUUUCUACAAGUGGCAACCUUGUCAUUGCAAGGAAAUAAACUAUCAGGGGAGAUUCCUCCUGUUAUUGGCUUGAUGCAGGCACUUGCAGUGUUAGAUUUGAGCUACAACCAGUUGACCGGGAUAAUCCCCUCUAUAUUGGGAAAUUUGAGCUACACCGAGAAACUAUAUUUGCACGGAAACAAGUUAACUGGAUCAAUUCCUCCAGAGCUCGGGAAUAUGUCGAAACUCCAUUACUUGGAACUAAAUGAUAACCAUCUCACUGGACAUAUUCCGCCGGAGCUGGGGAAGCUUACCGACUUGUUUGACUUGAAUAUUGCAAAUAAUGAUCUUGAAGGACCCAUACCCGGGAAUCUUAGUUCCUGUGCGAAUCUCAAUAGCCUUAAUCUGCAUGGUAACAAGUUGAACGGAACCAUUCCUGUUACUCUCCAGACCCUUGAGAGUAUGACAUACUUGAACCUGUCAUCCAAUAAUUUGAGAGGUCCCAUUCCUCUUGAGAUAUCUCGUAUGGGAAAUCUUGAUACGCUUGACCUUUCCGACAACCAGAUCACUGGAUCAAUUCCGUCACCACUCGGAGAUUUGGAACAUCUUCUUAAGCUAAACUUGAGUGGAAACCAUAUAUCCGGUAUUAUACCAGCCGAGUUUGGGAAUCUCAGGAGCGUUGUUGAUAUAGAUCUGUCUAGCAAUCGGCUUACUGGUACAAUCCCGCAAGAAUUAGGUCAACUGCAGAAUUUAUUCUCCCUACGAUUGGAAUACAACAACUUGUCUGGAGAUGUCAUGUCGUUGAUGAACUGUCUCAGCCUUGCCACACUGAACGUGUCGUAUAAUAACUUGGUGGGUUAUAUUCCAACAAGCAACAAUUUUUCAAGAUUCUCACCUAACAGCUUUGAAGGAAAUCCUAAUCUAUGUGGAUAUUGGCGUAGUUCAGCAUGUCAAGAAUCUCCUCCUUCUGGACGAGUUUCUAUACCAAAGGCUGCCAUUUUAGGGAUUGCGUUGGGUGCACUUAUCAUUCUUUUAAUGAUAUUAGCUGCUGCUUUCCGUCCGCAUAAACCAGCUCCAUUUUUUGAUGGUUCCAUGGAAAAACCAGCGGUAGUUAGUUAUUCAUCCCCCAAGCUUGUGAUCCUUCAUAUGAAUAUGGCGCUACAUGUGUAUGAUGACAUCAUGCGGAUGACCGAGAAUCUGAGUGAAAAAUACAUAAUCGGUUAUGGAGCAUCCAGUACGGUGUACAAAUGUGUGCUGAAGAAUUGUAAACCUGUUGCAGUCAAAAAGCUUUAUUCCCACCCUCAGUCUCUAAAAGAAUUUGAAACCGAGCUUGAAACGGUUGGGAGUAUCAAGCAUCGGAAUUUGGUCAGUCUACAGGGUUACUCUCUUUCUCCAUCUGGAAACCUACUUUUCUAUGAUUACAUGGAGAAUGGGAGCCUCUGGGAUCUCCUUCAUGGUGGGCAAGCCAAGAAGAAAAAGCUAGACUGGGAUACUCGUCUUAGAAUAGCACUAGGAGCAGCUCAAGGGCUUGCUUAUCUUCACCAUGAUUGCAGCCCUCGUAUAAUCCACCGGGAUGUGAAGUCAUCAAACAUCUUACUUGACAAGGAUUUUGAACCACACCUGACUGACUUCGGCAUUGCAAAGAGCGUGUGUGCCUCAAAAUCCCAUACAUCAACCUAUGUAAUGGGGACGAUUGGUUAUAUUGAUCCUGAGUAUGCUCGUACUUCCCGCCUUACCGAGAAGUCUGAUGUUUACAGCUAUGGGAUUGUUCUCCUCGAGUUGCUGACUGGAAAAAAAGCUGUGGACAAUGAAUCAAAUCUCCAUCAUCUGAUCUUAGCCAAGGCCGCAAACAACGCCGUCAUGGAAACUGUCGAUCUGGAAGUCACUGCCACAUGCAAGGAUCUCGGAGUCGUCAAGAAGGUGUUCCAACUCGCAUUGCUAUGCACAAAGAAGCAGCCUGGCGAUCGACCCACAAUGCACGAAGUCACCCGUGUCCUAACAAGCCUCGUUCCCGAACUACCCAUCAAGCAAGCAUCUCUCACUCUCACCCCACUCCCUCCGCUCCCGCCAUUACAAAUGCCCUCUUACAUGGACGAGUACGCAAAUCUCAAAGCUCCACACAUGGUGAACUGCCCUACAAUGAGCACCUCUGAUGCCCAACUUUUUCUCAAAUUUGGUGAAGUAAUAUCCCAAAACAGCGAGUAACUCGAAUCGAUCCAGACCGUAAAACAGUAAAAUGUGUAUAUUUUGGUACCUAAUCAUUUUCAAUCUAGGAUAAUUAAGUAGUGUGAUAUGAGAAAAUCUUAAUGUUAAAUUUUCACCCAAGGAUGUAAAAAUACAGAUUUAGUGAUACCAAGUGAUGGUAGUUUUGGAAAUUAAUACAAGUGGGGUCAUAAGUCUGUAAGGUUCAAGCUUAUUGUGUGAUCUUAUAAAGUAUUUUCCGACCUUGUUUGGUACAGUGCAUUAUUGUUUGUUGUAGUAGAGUCUAGCAAUAAUGCAGAGUGGGACCCAUGGUUUGUACUAGUUAUUUUUGUUUUGCGUUAUCAGAUCAAUGCUAACUGCCAUCUUGUUACCUCUAA